GCGCACGUGCAGACGUGGAGAGCAGAGUGUGUUGUACGAGUGAGCGCAGCCUCCACCUUGUUACGGUGGAGCUUGUCAUAUGUGGAGAACCUGAGGGAGACCAACAUCUGGCUCAAAGUAUGCGUGCAUGUGUGCGCGUGUGUGAGGGGAAAACUCCGGCGCACGAGACUCUCUGAGGGAACUUUUAUGGAAAAGGAAACUUUCUGAAGAAUACUGUGAGUGAGUGGGUCCGUAAAGACCGAUCUGAGCUGAAGCAUGGACAGUGAAGUGGAAGCGACGAACAUGAACCUUGACAGUCCUCUGAGUCCGAGGCACCUGACCGGCUUGGGGAUGAACUCUCCCCUCGGCCCAAAGUUCCAACCCUGCGGGCCCGGCCUCGCCAGUCCUCAGGAGUUCAACCAGUGGCUGCCUUAUCGCCAUGACGCCAGCCUGCUCCCCAUGAAAGAAGAUCUGGCUUCCUGGAUCAACACCAUCAUGGGUGUGGACGUCACCGCAGAUACUCUGAUGGAAAGCUUGGACAACGGCGUCGUACUCUGUCAGCUCGCACAGCUGCUCCAGGACAAGAUGAUGCACACAAACAACGGCAAGCCUUUAGUAAGAAGAGUGAUCCACUGGCGAGCUGAUGCGUCUUCACGUUCAUUCUUUGCCCGAGACAACACCGCCAACUUCCUCUACUGGUGUCGAAAGAUUGGCGUUGAUGAGGCUUACCUUUUUGAGUCUGAGGAUUUGGUCCUCCACAAGCAGCCUCGAGAGGUGUGCCUGUGCCUGAUGGAGCUCGGAAGGAUUGCAGCCAGGUACGGCAUGGAGCCUCCAGGGCUGGUGAAGUUGGAGAGGGAGAUCGAGAGGGAGGAGGCGGGGUGCUCAUCUCCAUCAUCCCCUCCGCACGUCUCCUUUUUUCCGCCAAUAUCAUUGUAUUCACCCUCACAAUCACCCCUACCCCCUCCUCCCCCUACUCCUCCUCCUCCUCUCCCACCUGCGCCCCUCACUCCAAGCACAACCCGUCUGUUUGAACCCCUCGCUGCCUCCAUUGCCUCUGAUCUUCCAUCAGCCACAACACCUACGUGCUCAUCCCCUCCCCAGUCCUCCCUCACAGCCUCUACCCCCUGCACCACCACAGCCUCAACACAAACACCUUUGUUCUCCUCACCCUGCACCACUGACACACCAGCUUCAGUCCUCUUGUCCGCUCCCAAGGCCUCCUUUACCGCGGUAAACAGCCGCACUCCCGCUGCUGCACCACCCGUCACUUCCCCACCUGCAGCAGCGGCCCGUUCCUCCGGCAGACCCACGAGCCGGAGGAGCACAGGCACCAACAAUAUUUUGGAAGACUUUGUGAGAAACAUCAUUGAAAACCCCCCUUGCAGCUGUCCCACCAGCUUCCUUGUUGAGAAGCAACCUAAAGGCUGCUAUCGUGUUGGGGAGAAAGUUCUGUACAUACGGAUGCUGAACGAGCGUCAUGUGAUGGUACGUGUAGGCGGCGGCUGGGAGACCUUCACAAGUUACCUGCAGAAGCAUGACCCCUGCAGAGGAGGAGGUCAGGGCAGCAGAUCUGAGGGCAAGGUCUGCAGGGACAAAGAGAAGCCGCUCAGUUUGGGCAUCUCGCCUGACAGCUACAUGGUGGUUGGUGCCCAUUACCGGAGCAAGAGGUAGACGCUCAAACUGCUGGCUGGUGCUUCAGGCUCUGAGCUCUAAGGUCAAGGAUUUCACUUUUUCUAUUCAAAAUCUGAAAGGAGCUGGUUUGUCAGUGGUUGUUAUUUCUAUGAGUUGUCCAAAGAAGUGUAACAACUUGGCAUCAUUUUUUAUUUUGUUCCAACAGACGUUUAUAGCACUGGAAAUUAAACCCAAGUUGGUUUCUGUGAGAAAACAAUAAACGCCUUUGACAAGGCAGAAAAUGUUGAACAUCCUAAAUCACAGUUCAUAACAUGUUUUAUAAUUAUAUGUAUCAUAACUUGUCAUAUAUUUAAUAAUGUACACUUUAUAUAGAUAUUUUUUACAUGUAUUAUUCCUCAUUUGGUUUUACCUGUAGCAAAUGUCAUGUCAGCCUUUAAAAGGCACAAACACAAAACAUCGAGUCCUCCCUCUAGAUGGCACCAUGUCCUCAGCGACAAAAGCCCAAGCGUUGCCUCCAUUUCUCUCUGAAGGAGGCUGCUGGCUGCUGGUCGGCUCCUGUUGCCUCUCCGGCACAUUCGUUUUUUACUUGGACUGAAAAUAUGCUUUCAGUUUUAUAAAUGAGCUCAUGGCCAAAGAUAGCACAAGAAUCAUUGCUGCCUCAUCAGUACCAUUUUGAGUCACAUCCUUUUAAGAUAAAUGUGGUCAAAAAAGGGUUUUGAAGAAAAAAGAUUAAUGGGAAAGAUUCACAAACAAGUGUGUAACAGCAAACCUGUCGAUUCCAAACACAGAAAGGCAAAACACGCUAGUAAUUAGAUGUUUUAUUUCAGUAAAAUAAAUCAAUUAAAAAUGGACACAAGUUUUGAUAUAUUGAAAGAAACUAACUGUAAUGAGAUCAUGCAAGACUGUAAUGUCUCUUUAGUCCCCACGUAACAUCUGCAGUGGAUCGAACCAGUAUAAAUGACUUGUAGAAAAUAAUAGCUGUGCUACUGAAACAAGUGCCACUCUAAACGAUGGCGUUUUCACAGAGCAUCUCUCGUUGCACAGAGUACAUCUGUACAAGUACACUAAGUUCUUCAGGAAGUUGCCACUUUGGAGGGAUUUUACAACAAUUUCAAAUACAUUGUUACACUGUGUUGACCCCGUUUGUUCCCUAAAGCACACACUUGUUAAUGUUUUGUCAGUCCUGCUACUGUGUGCUACUGUUCUUCUGUGUCUAAAGUUAAUCCGAUCCAAAGACAAACGCUUUGUUUUAAAAUACAGACAUUGUUAGUUUGUUAAUGUUACUUUUUUUAAAUGUAUUAUUAGAGAUACGGGGCGUAAAUAUAUGCUUUCAUUUCAAUUUUUGCUUGUAAUACUUUUUGACAAAGUCCUGCACAUGUGCAGUGGUGGCACAUCCGUACUGGAAAAUUUAAAUUUCCAACUCUAACACAAACAAACUUUGUGCGCAAUUGUGCUUCAUUCCUAACAACACAUUAUAAUUGCACCAUGUACUUAUAUAUUACGGUUUACUGUGUACAGUAAUACUUAUAUUACUGCACAUUAGUUGGGGUGUUAACUUAUAACUUUAUAAAACCAAAACACCAAACAGCAUCGCAUUCUGUGAGGACGUCAGGGAAUUUACUGACUCAGUUGUUAGUGUAAUGACAUUUUCAUAUUUAUGGUCUGUCCUUCUGGUUCUGGCAUAAAUAUUUUCACAAUAAGAGCUUAGACCGACUGACCCUACACUGUUUGUAAAAGACACAACAGAGUGCUUAUUACAUGCUCUAAUCAUCCUCUGCGCCCACAUUCGACCUUGCAAACAUAUAAUGUAGAACUCCACCCGCCAGGACUUCAAGUUUGCGGACUUUUAUGAGACCCAGCAAAGUGCAAAGAUUCAAAAAGACACUGAAGUUACAGUUUUCACACAUGCCUCAGUAAAGUUCCUCAACUUCUGGAAAGUGGUAGCCUCUUGAGGAGGUCCAUGGUGAUGGUGAAAGGACUGAACAUCACGCACAGUGUCGUCAACACACAUUAUAACACCUUUUUUUCUAAGAAAGUUAAUUGACAUGGCUGAUAGAACAUCUCAUGACUCCCCCAGCAAUUUAUAAAAACGUCAUCACACAUGGCUGUAAUAUUCUUGUUUUAUGAAGUGACCUUGAACAUUUUAAUAUGAAUGAUUGCUAAUGACUACGAAGGAGGGAGAGGGGGUACAGUAAGAGAAAACGGGCUGCUUGGAGUUAUUAUCACCAGCCAGUGUCACAGAGAGGAUCGUUUAUACAUUUUUCACUGAAUAAACUGUAGUCCUAUCUGCUACACUCCUUUUUUUUUUAAACCUUUCCCGUGGCUCCAUCCCACAUUCUACGUAUUCAAGUUAGUACAAAAAAACUGGCGCAUUCAACUGAAUUGUACGUACAACACACAAUUCAAAGUAUGUACCACAUACACUAAAAUCCAACUGUUAAAUUUGAAAUGGCAUUUCCAAUUUUGAUUGUCUUAAAUGUUGUUCAUUAACACAACACUUUAAAACUUUUUAUUAUGAAUACUUGUGAUUAUACUUCAUUUUUUCAAUUUUCAAUGUGUGCACCUCAAAAAUAAAAUGUAACGUGGCCACAGAGCAUCACUGCAGUCCUUUCCAAAUUACUAUCUAUGUGCUUUUCUUUAUUUGUAACGCAACCAUUAAUUCAGAAUAGUAUGCAUACUUUAUAAUAUACAUUUUACCACAGUGUAAAUUAUUACACAAUGAAUAUGUAUUUUACUGCUCAAGACAAGUGUUUUGGAAAAACAAAUUUGGAAUGCCGUCAUCAAUCUUAAAGUUAAAAACAUCAAUCGUGUGUUUAUUCCAUCCAUUUGUUUGCUCCCUCAUUGCAUUGAGGGAACAAUAAUGUCCAUCACAUAUAUGAUUUUAUAUAUUCUGCUUGUCACAUUGUCUCAGUUACUUAGUCAGACUUUAGCAUAACAGGAUGACACUUGGGCCCUGCACUAAUAUGUGAUGUCACUAUGUUAUUGUACUUGGUGCAGAUAAUGGUUUGGAAUGCAGCUUGUGCUUUUGUUUUUAUCACCGAAGUUGCAUUUUGUUCCCCCUUGUAUUACACAAAAAGCCGGACCAAUAUUGAGGGUAAACAAUGGAGGAAUCAGACGCUCCCUCCGCAGUUUGGUUUCAUGUUUUGCUCUUGUCAGCAAACAACCGAGUAGCAUCCGCAAAACACCUUCACGUUGCUGAAUCCAAUAAUGCGUUCGUGCUGCUGGCAGCACCCUGUAACUCCUACUGCUCUCCUUACUGUCAGGCCUCAUCACCUCUCCACAAACAGAACGCUAACUUUGUUAUUCAAAAUCUAAUUUACACAAACAAUGAUCUGGAUCUACAUAGAGAUGCUUUGUACAUAUAGAAUCUUUAAAGAAGCAUCCAACUAUUUUCUUUUCAAUGCAGAUGUUUCUUAAGUGUAGUUUAUCUUACUGACCACGCUGCUUAAUCCAUUUUGUGCUCUGCAGAGGCUCGAGACGUUGCCCCCCGGGCUCAUGUUGGAUAUCAGUUAGUGUGCCACACUAAAGAUAAGCAAUGGGCAGUCAACAGCAGUAUUUUUCUUUUUUUUUUUUCAUUACGAACG